GACGGGCUCAAAGACCGAGUGCCUGUCGGUAGCGACGACACUGCCCUGGCUGCCUUCGCCCAACUCGGUGCCUUGCGACUCAAGGCCCAGCGCUGCAUGAUCACGCUGAUAUCCAAAGACGAAGAAUACAUCCUGGCAGAAUCCACACGCACUUUGUCGCUGCAGUCGGACCUCGUACACAAUUCCCGCGACGCUCUAUGGCUCGGUACUACACGCUUCCCUCGCGAAGAAGGCUUCACCCUCGCCGGACUCACGCAGUGGAGCACAACCAAGGAACACCGCGACGUUCCCGGAGAAGAUGGUUAUUACUACACCGAUGGCAUAAGCCCGCACUGGUACAUUGUCAGCGACAUUCGACAGAACCCCGAAUUGCAGAAGCUCAUGCUGGUCACUGCUGGCCCUGAUUUGAGGUUCUAUGCUUCUGUUCCUAUACGUACAAGCACCGGAUUGGUUGUUGGUUGCUACUGUAUCCUCGACGACCGACCGCGGUUUGGAAUCAGCGCCGAAGAGAUGGUCUUCAUGGAAGACAUUGCCGACACAAUCAUGGGACAUCUCGAGGCCAAAAGGACGGCUUUGCAGAGACAACGUGGCGAUCGUUUGAUCAAGGGUCUGGCCCUGUUCAGCGAAGGCAAAGACAGCUUGCGGGAGUGGUGGUUGGAUACUCAUAGCCGCAAAGCCCGAGGCGAGGGUGCCAGACGCCGCCGUGCCUCCAUCGAGGAAGACAAGGUUCAAAACGAACGUGCUGACGAGGAGCUGGGCAUGACAUACCGUGCCGAUGAUAUUCCCCACGGACGCCAAACCCCAGUCUUUGACGGAAAACCCCUCGAGCCGUCCAAAAAACUUGUACAAGCGCCGAAGCCCUCGGUCAAGACCGGCCACUUGGCUCCGGACAAGCACGAAGGCUUCGAUCUUGGUCGUGAGGUAAAUGCUGCCUUUGCUCGUAGCAGCAACCUCAUGCGCGAGGCUCUUAGUUGCGAGGGUGUAGCCUUCAUCGACGCCGAUUUCCAUCGGUCAAAAGAGUCGACCAAAAACCAGGAGUCUUCAUCUACCGAGCCUGAGAGCGACACUGCGACUGCAUCCUCGGGCCCCGAAUCGGCCUCGCCAAAACACCAACCACCUGUUCCACCAGAUGCACAAUGCGCUCUUCUCGGCUUUUCGACGAAGGUCAAGUCGACAGUUCGUGGUUUUGAUGCUUCUGCCAAGCACUCAAGUCUCCCGAAGGCUUUCAUUCGCAGCCUGGUACGACGUUAUCCGAUGGGUAAGGUCUUCAACUACCAUGAUGGUAAGGCGUUGAGUUCGAGCUCGGGCACCGAGCUUUCGUCCGACGACAUCAGCGAGGGCACGAAGAACAAUAGAUCACGCAAACGCCGUAGCCGUGAAUAUGUCGAUGCAAUGACUCUGGCCGACGUCUUCUCGACUCCUCGCAGUAUCGCUUUCUUGCCAUUGUGGGAUAGUCGAAGGGAACGAUGGCGAUCUGCUGUCUUCGUGUGGAACAACUUCCCCGGUAGGUUCCUGGACAAGGCGGAAGACGUGACGUACCUUGCUGCUUUCAGCAACAGUCUCAUGGCCGAACUGUCACGCCUCGAUGCCAUUGCUGCCGAUCAAGCUAAGGCCACAUUUAUCAGCUCUGUAUCCCACGAGUUGAGAUCUCCUUUGCAUGGUGUGCUGGCUGGCGUAGAGCUUUUGCAAGAGAGCGACCUCAACAACUACCAGCAAGAGAUGACUACCACAAUCAGUAUGGCUGGCAAAACGUUACUGGACACAAUCAACAACAUCCUCGACUUCACCAAAAUCAACAGCUUUACAGACCUUGAACGCAAAGACAGGAAAGACAAGGACGCCACAAGGAACGCUGGUUUCAAAACGGCAGACAUGGGCGAGGUCGGCGUUACAAGUGUGGUCGAUCUUGCUGUAUUGACCGAGAAUGUGGUCGAUACAACUGUCACGGCCAAAAGUUUCCAAUCAAGUAAAGCACAGCAAGAUGAUGAAGACGAACUCGCCCCAAAGACACCGAAGGCAGUUGCUGUUGUUUUGAAUAUUGCCAAACGAUCGAACUGGAACUUGAGCAUUUCACCCGGAAGCUGGACAAGAGUCAUUACUAACCUUCUUGGCAACUCGCUCAAGUACACAAAGGUUGGCACGAUCACUGUCAGUUUACAAUACAAGAAAUCAGAAGAUGCGAACAAAGCUCUCGUGUCCUUGACUAUCGAGGACAGUGGACAAGGCAUAGGUAGCGAAUACCUUCGAAACCAUCUCUACACACCUUUCAUGCAAGAGAACACGCAUGCUGUCGGAACCGGUCUGGGACUCUCAAUCGUCAAGCAGAUUGUAAAGGACUUCGGAGGACGCAUAAACUUCGAGAGUGAACUCGGCCGGGGCACCAAAGUGGUGGUCACCUUCCAUGCGGAUUUUGAAGAAGAUGUCGAAUCUGAGAUCAACGUCCCGAAGUGCCCGGAUGGAAGUGCUCUGAAGCUGGCGUUCUCCAAGUCGAUAGGCAAGACGGAUGGAGACUUGGUGCGCGACAGGACUAUCAAGACGUCGACCUCGAAGACUUGUAAGGAAUGGCUGGACUGCAAGAGUGACUCCGUCUCGGUCUCGGACGGCGCCGACAAGUUUGACGUCUGCAUCUUGACCGAGACGGACUACGAUCAAUGGCAAGAGAAGAGGAGAAGCACAGGGAACCAACCCCCGAUGGUUGUGUUGGGCUCGAUAUCAGCUUCGUCUGUCGUCAGGCAGAGCGCAAUGAAGAACGCCAUCUUCCUCAACCAACCAUUUGGUCCUCGAAAAAUGUCAAGAGCACUAGCAGCUGCACUGUCCAGCACAAAGCAAACACACGUAUCGUCCGACAAUCCCGUGGGAGUCUCCGCCUCGCCUUCAGCACUUGAGAUCCUCACAAAGCCUGCAGUCAUGUCCAAUAACAGUGACCCGCCACCCACUUACGCAGAGUCCAAACCUAGCGCAACAGUAACCUCGAUUCCUGCGACGCCCACAACACCUGAGAAGAACGACGCACCACGGACCGCAGAUAUCAACGAAGAUCCCGAUAUUCGAAAAGUGCUUUUGGUAGAGGACAACUCGAUCAAUAUGAAACUGCUUGUCGCCACGAUGCGUAAGCUGAAGAGACCCUACACAUGUGCAGCCAACGGCCUAGAGGCAGUGACCUCUUACGCCUCGUCACCUUCCGAAUACGCGCUAGUCCUGAUGGAUAUUUCCAUGCCCGUCAUGGAUGGCUUUACAGCCACUGAAAUGAUCAGAGCUCUAGAAGAGAGGAAUAGCUGGGACAGAUGUACGAUCAUGGCUCUGACCGGUGUUGGCGAUGCUGAAGCCAAGAAAAGAGCUUUCUUGGCUGGCGUAGACGACUUCAUGACAAAACCCGUGAGCAUGCAAAAGUUGACCGGUAUAAUCAAG